CAUGACCUGCACAGAGCUGGGUCAUGUGACUCAGUCUUACUUUCUGACCAAUUUAAAGACGUCUCUCUGUCAAACGGCUGAGUUUGAUCCUUUAACAUGAGGCUGUGUGCGGACACUCUGGGGUUCCUCUUUCUCUGGGCCUGUCUGGACUCGACCCACUCACGGAGCUGCUCGUCGUCCUUUUUCUGCCGAAAAUCUCACCGUGUCAGCGGCCUGAAUGGAGACGACCCCGGGUCUCCUCUCUUCCUCACUCCGUACCUGGAGAAGGGCUCCAUAGAUGAAGCCAGGAAACUGAGUCUGGUGGGAGAUCUGCCAGGUGCCAAUGUCAAGAGUUAUGCUGGGUACCUCACUGUCAACAAGAAAUACAACAGCAACCUCUUCUUUUGGUUCUUUCCUGCACUGAAGCCAAACCAAGACAAAGCUCCGGUCCUGCUCUGGCUGCAAGGCGGGCCCGGUGGCACCUCCAUGUUCGGUCUCUUCGUGGAACAUGGACCAUAUGUGGUGUACAAGAACUUGACUGUUGGUAUGAGGGAUUACGCUUGGACAACAAGAUAUUCCGUUUUGUACAUUGACAAUCCGGUUGGAACAGGUUUCAGUUUCACUAACGAUGACAAAGGUUUUGCUCAAAACCAGGAUGACGUUGGCAGAGAUCUGUACAGUGCCCUAACACAGUUCUUCCAGAUAUUUCCUGAGUAUCAGGCCAAUGAGUUCUAUGCUACUGGAGAGUCUUAUGCAGGGAAGUAUGUUCCUGCCAUCUCCUACUACAUCCAUAAAAACAACCCCACUGCCAAAGUGAAAAUAAACUUCAAGGGGAUGGCUAUUGGUGACGGCCUCUGUGAUCCAGAACUGAUGCUGGGUGGUUAUGGUGAGUUCAUGUACCAAACAGGCAUGAUAGACGAACAGCAAAAACAGUAUGUCGUCCAGCAGACAGACUUGGGGGUUAAACUCAUCCAGCACGAGAAGUGGGUGGAGGCUUUUCAGGUUUUUGACAGCCUUCUGAAUGGUGACGUGGAACCGUAUCCCUCCUUCUUCCAAAACGCUACCGGCUGCACCAACUACUACAACUACAUGACCUGUCGGGAGCCUGAGGACCAGGAGUACUUCUCCCAGUUUGUGACUCUGCCAUCGGUGCGACGUGCCAUCCACGUGGGGAACCUGACCUUCCAUGACGGCUCGGAGGUGGAGAAGCACCUUCUGCAGGAUGUCAUGAAGAGCAUCAAGCCGUGGCUGGGGGAGUUGAUGGAAAACUAUAGGGUCCUAAUCUACAGCGGUCAGCUGGAUGUAAUUGUAGCAGCGCCACUGACCGAGAGGUUCCUGCCCACUGUCAACUGGACCGGGGCGGCUGAGUUCAAAACAGCACCUCGUUUCCACUGGAAGGUUCAGCCCAGCGACACAGAGGUGGCUGGUUACGUGAGACAAGUGGGGGAGUUUUACCAGAUCAUCAUCCGAGGAGGAGGACACAUUCUGCCUUACGACCAGCCGGCGAGGUCCUUUGACAUGAUUGACAGAUUCCUUUCAACACGGGGCUGGAUAUGAAGUGUUUUGGUCCUGAAACAGCGAAUCAAAGCACCUCCACUUUAAAGAGUGUUGAUUUGAAAGACUGUUGAUCGUCUCAGCCAAUGUAAAUCAGCACGUUGUUGGCUUGGUACACAAUUCUUUUUAGUAUUUUAGCAGGUGGGACUUAGGACUGCUCUCUGAUGCAAACUAAAUAAGUUGUCUUAACAUGUUCCCAUGUCUUCCACAUCUUCACAAAGUAAAAAUGAAGUGAAAAUGACUGAUAAUUCAGUCUGAUUAUCAGACCAGAAUUCUAUCAAAACCGUUUCAUUUAUAACUGUUUGAGGAAAAUAGAGUCUAUGAUGCAUUCAAUCAGAACAUGCUUGAUGAUGAAAUAUAAAGAAAAACACCUUGAAUCGACCUUGAAAUUAAAAUAUUUUUUACUAAG